GAGCUAUCAUACGUCUUAAGAAUGAGCAUGGUGAAGAGCACAUUCGAUAAGACACCGCGUUUCGAAUUCCUACCACAUGGAAAACUUGACAUGAUCAUUAAUCGGAAAUCAAUUCUUGCCGAGUUAGAUCUCUUUCCACCAACCGAGGAAGAAAAAAUACUCGUAGAUUUUAUCCUUACGAAAGCGAAAAAGGUUUUUGCUACAACGGCUUCUGCUUCCCUCAGUGCCACAGGAUCCAGAUCGUUGUAUGACGCAAUGCGACUGUUUUAUAAAAACAACUUCGAUGACAGCAAGCUACCUAUCGAGGACCAUCGACUUUGGACUGGAACCACAAUUUACAAUUUUCAUGAAGCCCAGUGGAAGUUUCUCGUUCCAAUAUUUUCAACCACAAAACCUAAUCACGACCUUGGGGAAAAAAUAGUGCCUUUUAUAUCAAAGCAUGCCAGUGGAGAAGGCGCCUUUGGGGUCGUUUGGAAGUAUGAGAUCCACAGUGACCAUAUUAACGAUCCUUCGGAAUCGAUUGUCAAAACCCCAAAAUUCUGUGCCGUCAAGGAGAUCAAGUUAGAGAAUGAGCAGCACCGACAGGAAGUAGCUAGGCAUUGGGAUUCUGAGGUCAAGGCCUUAGCGAUGAUGAACAAGCUCAACCAGGAUCAUAUUGUCCGCUUUAUAACUGCCUUUCGCUGGGGUAAACGAGACGAUCUUGGAUAUUACUUAAUGUUUGAGUGGGCAAACGGAGGAAACCUUCGUGAUCUCUGGAAUGCAACACCUCGACCAUCGCUGACCGCAUCAUUGGUUAAAAGCGUUAUCGAGCAGCUUCACGGGCUCGCGAAAGGACUAUAUGCAGCUCAUUUUCUACCCGACCAGGGUGCGUAUAGCGGCGCAAAUUAUCGCCAUGGAGAUCUCAAACCCGCCAAUAUCCUUUGGUUUCGUGAAGGAAACGGAAUUGGUAUACUGAAGAUUGCCGAUUGGGGUGAGGCUAAGAACCACCUCAUGGCCACUGAGUUGCGCCACCACCCAACAUCAGCAAAUACCGGAACUCGACGCUACGAGGCUCCCGAGAUUGAAACCGGAAUACCCACGGAGCAGGUAGGGUCGGUUUAUUUGGACCAGCCCGACGCUCAGCCUGACAUGCGUCGCUCUCGGCUCUGUGAUAUCUGGGCCAUGGGUUGCAUCACUCUUGAGUUCAUCAUCUGGCUCGUUUACGGUUUAGAUCAGCUUCAACGCUUCAACCACAGUAUUAAUGCAGACUCGGGUGACGACAACUCACCAUUUUAUCAAACCAGUAGCGUAGGUGGGAAAAAGAUAGCUAAGGUGCAUCCGGUUGCCGCACAUUGGAUGACACAUUUAGCUCGAGAACCACUCUGCCGGGUAGGUACCACUGCCUUAGGCGACCUUCUUGAGAUUGUUCAGACAGGGCUUCUGGCGGUAAAUUUCCCAAAGGGGUUUGGUACCGUCGACAUCAACAAUUUCCAGAAAGAUCAAGCCCCUUCUACUUUACCCCGGUUCCGUGGGCCAGAAAAGGGCGAAGUCAACGAGGCCCCCACAUCUCCAAUAUCAAUUCCUUCUAUCAAUGUUGUCGACACUGAUCAGCAUGUCGAACCAGCUGCAGCAUCACCGGCGUCUGCCCAUGCAUCUGUAAAGCCAAAGGUGGGGUCUGGAGGGCCAAAACGAUUGCGUACGGACCAGUUCUGUGAUAGGCUAGAUCGUAUCAUGAAUGCGGACGAGGAGGAUAACUACUGGUUCACAGGCCAACUGCCUGGGCCACCACCUACGAAUAUUGGGCACUCGCCUUCAGCUCAAGUACCUCUACGGUUAAAGACAGCCUCGAAAGGUCUUGGGCAGCCCGAGCGCCGGCUAGUGGACUACGCGCACCCUAAGCUGGAUCCUGAUGACUGGGAGUUCAGGGUGGAUAACUCAUUUGCCAUGGAUUUGUUUUCAGGUCUAAAAUCUACUCAUGGCUGUGUCGUGCCUGAAGCACAAAUUUCCUCGAACCUUUGUUCGAAUUGCACUAGCUUCCGAGACCAACUCUGGACCCCAGGUUUCAGCAUCACCUAUCCCGUGAUGGAGCUAGAAGCAAGAGCGAAGUUGAAGGAGUGUGAUCUGUGCUGGCUGCUAUACCAAGCCUGUGAGCCUAAUUGGGGCACCUUAUUUCCUACCAUUCAGUUUGAUAGGGUGGAUUCUUUAUUGAAAAUGAACGGCGCUCAUCUCCCAGUGCUGUCAAUCUUUCGCAGUCCCGAUCACAACAGUCAAGCAGCUACCGAUAUACAAGUCGGCUUUGCCGAGCUACCGAAGGUUGGGAGUGAGGCGCACCUUGAAGUCAUCCGACGGUGGCUCAAUGAUUGCGACCAAACGCACAGGACAUCUUCAUGCAAGCCAGCUGAGCGAGGAAGUCAACCGGCGCGCGACGCGUCAGCAAAUUUACCGACACGGCUCAUUGACGUAGGUAGCAGUGGCGAUGAUACAGUCUACCUUCGGGAAAGCGGCCCUCACGACGAAGGCGAAUGGAUUGCCCUCUCCCAUCAAUGGGGACCUAUUCCACACUUUUCCACAAACCGCCAAAAUCUCGCCGCUCAUAUCGCCGGUAUGAGACUUGAAGAGCUACCAGCUACAUUUAGGGACGCUGUCACCGUUACGCGAGCACUUGGGCGUCAAUAUCUUUGGAUUGAUUCAAUUUGCAUUCUCCAGGGUGAUGACGGAGACUUUAAACACGAAUCCAAACGUAUGGGAGAAGUCUACAGCGGCGCAUACUGUGUCAUUGCGGCGACGUGCGCAAGUGGCCAUUCCUCCGGCUUUCUGAAACCGCGAAAGAAGAGGAAUUACGUCGCGCUUCGUCGUGAUACUGAUCGGGAAGCACCAUUUUACAUCUGCCAGACAAUUGAUAACUUCAAGGAGCACAUUCUUGAAGGGGCUCUGCAUCGCCGUGGUUGGGUCCUACAGGAGCAUGCCCUAGCCAGGCGAACCAUCUUCUUCGAAGAGCACCAGACAUAUUGGGAGUGCGGUCACGAUGUUCGGUGCGAAACGAUGACGAGACUGCACAAUAAGUCGGCCAAAUUGCUUGGAGACCCAAACUUUCCCCAAAUUCUCAACCCUGCCCCUCAAGGCGAGAGAAUCCUUCGAUAUCAAGAGUUGUAUCAGAUGUAUUCAAGGCUUGGCCUUACCAAGGCAUACGAUCGACCUACGGCAAUUGAUGGUUUACAGCAGAGGCUUCUCCGCACAAUGACAGUGCAAGGGGGGUUUGGUGUGUUCGACGAGGGCGAGACUAAAGGAACAUUGCGUCGGAGCCUGCUCUGGCAUCGCGGAAACGACACGCCCAGUCUAACUCGCAUUGACUUCCCUGCUGAUCGAGUAGCUGUUCCCUCCUGGUCAUGGAUGGCCUAUUCCGGCGGGAUAGACUAUCUCAGAAUGGACUUUGGCGAGAUGGAAUGGGAAGACGUCCAAUCGCCGUGGUCGUCCUCGGAGAAAGAUAGCAUCGCACUUGGUGCUGGAGCUCGGUUUUACGACCGGGAAAAAGCAAAGAAUGGCGAAGACUCGCUGAUCUUUGACUCUCCUACAACUUCGGUCGGACUGAAGUUGAUGUGUGUAGUGCUGGGUAUCCAGAAAGGAUCAAUACCUUUGGAGGACAAGAGGCACUAUGUUUUACUGGUUGUUCCAACGCCUAAAUUGAACCGCAAUGGAACAAAGAUGUUUGAAAGAGUUGGCGUGGGGUAUCUACCGGGGAGAUGCAUCGCUGCCACUAUCCAAGCAGCUAGCAUUUAUUAGAGGG